ACUUCCCGUUGGGGGAUUUACACUGUAAUUUGAAUCUAUAUAUCCCGGAAGUUCCUACCUAACUUAUAAAAGGAGAGCUUGGAAGUACCGCAAUCAAUAUUGAUGGUAUAGGCAGCAAGCCGCUGCAAUAUUUUAUGUCGGUCUCAGACCUGAACAAACUUGCGAAGAACAUGAUGCGAUGUGUCACUGUGAUUGUCGUACUUGCCGUGCUAGGCACAGCCAUGGCGCUGAGGCCUGCAGAUGAACACCCAUGCUACCGUUCCUGUGAUGUGUCAAUUCCUAUGACCUGCACGUACAACUGGACACUUAACUGGUUCUACACUCUGGCACAACCGCAGUGUGGGGACUGCCCGGUCAAUAUAACCGACUGCAGCAACCCGGACUGUUUCCCGGCGGAUGGGGUGAAGCGCCCGGUCAGUCUAGUCAAUCGUGUCUUCCCCGCACCAAGCAUACAGAUCUGUAGCGGUGACGAGGUGAUCAUCAAUGUGGCCAACAAAAUGCUGAACGACGAAGGGGUGACCCUCCACUGGCACGGCAUCUUCCAGAACGGCAGCCAGUUCAUGGAUGGCCUGCCCAUGGUGACGCAGUGUCCCAUCCCCUCACCGGGCAACUUCCAGUACAGGUUCACCCCCUACGAGCCCGGCACCCACUGGUUCCACUCCCACGCCGGCCUGCAGCGAGCGGACGGAAUGAUGGGCUCUUUCGUCAUCCGAGAGAGCAGCAGGGCCGACCCCCACGGCGACUUGUACGACCUGGACCUGUCUGAGAAUGUCAUCUUCAUGAAUGACUGGCACCAUGACACCAUGGUUAAUGUCUACACGCGGGAUCAGUGGGGCGGCGGUUCGAGCGUGGCCUCGAUCCUCAUCAACGGCAAAGGUUUGCCAGUAGGCAACAGCGCCGUUCAUCCACCGCUGGAAGUGUUCAAUGUCCUGCCAGGUCAGAGAUAUCGCUUCCGGGUCAUCAACGGCGCCAGCUUCUUCUGCAACAUGCAGUUCUCGAUCCAGGGCCACUCGAUGCUGGUGAUAGCCAGUGAUGGCGGGUCCAUGCAACCCCUGGAAGUGGAUUAUUUCCGGAUCAGCGGAGGGGAGCGGAUCGAUUUUGUGCUGAGCACCGACCAGCCCAUCGAUAACUACCAGAUCCAGGUCAUCGGUCUGCCGUGCACCAACGAGCAGGGCGAGCCAUCGAAGCAGAUUGCAUAUCUGCGUUACAUGGGCGCCAACGACCUACCGACCAUCGAUGAAUUGCCUAACAUCACGUCGUACGGCAAUUCGUCAUUUUGGUGGCAGGCUUUCCCGGACAAAUCUUUUGCCGAUGUUUAUGCAUCGGGUAUGGAGGCAGAUUACAGGUCAACUGCCAACGCCGAGGAUCAUCAAGAGUACAUCCAAGUCAGUUUCGGCAGUCACAUUAACCCGUCCACCCAGCAGCCUAAACUCUACCCGCAGCUGAAUAACAUCACCUACUACUUCCCUACCUCGCCAGUGAUGAGCCAGUUUGAGGAUCUUCCGGGGAACAUCUUCUGCAAGGAAUCCGACUUCGCGCCGGGGCAGUGCGACGGGGAUGACAUCUGUUCCUGCGUGCACACCAUCGACGUCAAUCCGAAUGAGGUAAUCGAAGUCAUCUUGGUCAAUCCUGACUCACACUUCAGCGUCUUACAUCCCAUGCAUCUCCACGGCCAACAGUUCAAGGUGGUAGCCAUGGACAAAAUAGAGGGCGCCACAGUCGAUAUGGUCCGAGAGCUGGUUAACAAUGGUUCAAUCGUUCGCAAUAAUAAUGGUCCCAGGAAAGAUGUCACCAUCGUUCCCAACGGAGGUUACACCAUCUUUCAGUUCCAGGGCUGGAAUCCCGGCUGGUGGAUCUUCCACUGUCACAUCGAAUUCCAUCUCGAGGAAGGAAUGGGGUUGCUGUUCAAUGUCAAAGGCAAUUUACCUUCGGUACCGAAGGCCUUCCCUACCUGUGGCGUCUGGCCACCGGCGGCGCCCACCGACGAUGAGGGUGCCGAGCCCCCGGUCAGCGAGACCAGUACUGCUUCCCCUGCUGGUACCAACGGCGACGUUCCCUGCCGCUCGGACCCGCAGACCGGCUCGUCGCCCCUGGUCCACCUGGCCUGGAUCGUGCCGCUGACGUUCGUGCUUGCUCUGGUCCUAGGCCUGGUCAUCGGCAAGUGCGUUCUGGGCAAGCAGAGGACCGGAUCGGCAGACGUUUCUAUAGCAAUGCAUUCGGCUAAGUAGGGAUUUUUGUUUGGUGUUUGGCUGGGGACAAAUUCAGAGGGGUAGCCAGCCGGAGGAGGGGGGUUAAGGGGAGUAUAUUAAAAAAACAAACCCAGAUUUAGUGCCUUUUUGUGUAAGAAGUGCCCUUUUUUUUAACAAGUCCCCAUUUUUACCAGUGUCUUUUUAAAAGUGCCCUGUUUGGAAUUUCGCGCGACUGAUGGCAAUUUUGCCGCCCUAAAGGGCGCCCUGUAUAUUGUCCGAUUGUGUGUUCGUCCGGUUUGCACAGUGCCCCCAUUUGAUGAUGGUACCAGCCCCCCCCCCCCCUUCCCCUCCCCUGGCUUUUUAUUUACGGAGACCAAGAAGUGUCCGGAGAAAAAAACUGUCUACAUUUCAGCACGAAUUGCAUGCGCGAGUGCCCUUAUCACUAACUUUUGA